UUUCCUCUCUCUUUUCUUUCGAGGCUGCGGGGCGCGGGGCGUGCGGUGAAUCAGGGAUGAGGAUUUAAUCGAUUUAAUCACGGUACUUGGAUAAACGCCAAUGAACAGCCGCAUUCAGACAUUUCUCUAGUCUCCAAAUUUGCCUGUCGCGCCUGGUCUCAUCGGUAGUCAAUCAUGGGGGUGCGGAGCUACAACGAGGAACUCAGCUAUUUGGAAAAACUGACUCCCGUCUCCUGGAGGAUCAAGAAGGGCUUUGUGCCGAACAUGAAGGUGGAGGGGGUCUUCUACGUGAAUAGCCUGCUGGAGAAGCUGAUGUUUGAGGAGCUCCGUAACGCCUGCCGUCCUGGCAUGGUGGGCGGGUUCCUACCAGGGGUCAAGCAGAUCGGCAAUGUGGCCGCCCUUCCCGGCAUUGUCGGUCACUCCAUAGGCCUUCCCGACAUCCACUCCGGCUACGGCUUUGCCAUCGGCAACAUGGCCGCUUUCGACAUGGACGACCCCAAGGCCAUAGUCUCUCCCGGAGGGGUGGGGUUUGACAUCAACUGCGGGGUGCGCCUGCUGCGCACCAACCUGAUGGAGAAGGACGUGCUGCCCAUCAAGGAGCAACUGGCCCAGAGUAUGUUUGACCACAUCCCAGUGGGCGUGGGCUCCAAGGGCAUCAUCCCCAUGAACGCCAGGGAUCUCGAGGAGGCGCUCGAGAUGGGCAUGGACUGGUCUCUCAGGGAAGGCUAUGCAUGGGCAGAGGACAAGGAGCAUUGUGAGGAGUAUGGGCGCAUGCUCAAUGCGGACCCUGCGAAGGUGUCCAUGAAGGCGAAGAAGCGGGGACUGCCGCAGCUGGGCACGCUGGGCGCGGGCAACCACUAUGCGGAGAUCCAGGUGGUGGAGGAGAUCUUCGACAAGCACAACGCCUACAAGAUGGGCAUCGAGCGCUGCGGACAGGUGUGCGUGAUGAUCCACAGCGGCAGCCGGGGCUUCGGGCACCAGGUGGCCACCGACGCCCUGGUGGCAAUGGAGAAGGCGAUGAAGCGUGACCAGAUUGAGGUGAACGACCGCCAGCUGGCCUGCGCCAUGAUCCGGUCUCCAGAGGGGCAGGACUACCUCAAGUCAAUGGCGGCUGCCGCAAACUUCGCUUGGGUCAACCGCAGCAGCAUGACCUUCCUCAGCCGCCAGGCGUUUGCCAAGGCGUACAACACUACCCCGGACGACCUGGACAUGCACGUCAUCUACGAUGUGUCGCAUAACAUCGCCAAGGUGGAGCAGCACGUGGUGGACGGGAAGAUGCGCACCUUGCUGGUGCACCGCAAGGGCUCCACCAGGGCCUUCCCGCCACACCACCCGCUCAUCCCCGUGGACUACCAGCUGACCGGCCAGCCCGUGCUGAUAGGCGGUACGAUGGGCACGUGCAGCUACGUGCUGACGGGCACGGAGCAAGGCAUGAACGAGACGUUCGGCACGACAUGCCACGGGGCCGGGCGGGCGCUCUCACGGGCCAAGUCUAGGCGCAACCUCAACUACCAGGAUGUGCUGGACAAGAUGAACGAGAUGGGCAUUUCAAUCCGGGUCGCCUCUCCCAAGUUGGUCAUGGAAGAGGCUCCAGAGUCAUACAAAAAUGUGACUGACGUGGUGGACACGUGCCACGAGGCCGGCAUCAGCCGCAAGUGCAUCAAGCUCAGGCCUAUCGCAGUCAUUAAGGGGUGAAGAUAAGCAUUGAGUUGCCCAUCGCAGUCAUCAAGGGCUGAAAAUGUUUGUCUACUUGCCCAUUACGGUCAUCAAGGGCUGAAGAUGUGCAUUGAGUUGUCCAUCGGGGUGAUCGAAGGCUGAAGAUGUCCUUGAGUUGCUCAUCAAGGGCUGAAGAUCUGCAUCAGAUUACUCAUCUGGGUCGUCGAGGGCUGAAGAUGUGCAUCGAGCUGCCCAUUGCAAUCACCAAGGACUGAAGAUGUGCGCUGAGUUGUCCAUCACAGUCAUAAGUGCUGAACAAGAACAGCUUUGUCUCGGGCUGGACAUGGACUCGAGGGCUGAACAUUGGUGGGUGUCUCGGGCUGAGAAUAAACGAGGGGGGUCUUCCCGGGUUUGACCUGGA